UUUAAAAAGUUUGGAGGUUGCCAAGUGUUUCCUUGCUUGAUAGUUUCUUCUCUUUUUACGAUUUUCAUUACGACUUUGGUUUUGAUCGAAUUAAACGACAUUAGCGAAGCUGCUUCUUUCAUUCCAGAAGAGCCAACAGAAGGUUCCGUAAAGGAACUGCCGUACAUGUAUCAGCGUCUCUACUCUGAAGAGCUAUCUGCUAUCGUCAGCAACAAAGUACAGUACGAAAGUGACAAAAGCGAGUGGAAUCGUGGCAACGUGAACACCAUGUCUCCAGGUGUCGAUGACGAUAAGCGAGAUGAGGAUAACAUGCACAAGAAACUUAGAACCUACUUUGCAACGACAGUGACCAUCAAUGUACUUUGCAUACUUGUUUUUAGUAUGCUUUUGUGCAAGCUUUGGUGCAAGUGUUGUGAAAAAUACAUUGUGAAGGCCUCCAAUCAUUCGUUUAGUGUCAGUGAUUUUCUCAUCAUCACAACAUGCAGUGCCGUCAUUGGCUAUUUGAGCAUGUGCAUUGCAGGAGUUAUGUACUGUAUGUGCGAUCACAGUGUGUGCGGUCAUUUCUUCAGUGGCUAUUAUCGUUUGCAACUGUUUGAUAACAUCACAGACUUAGUUCAAUUUUCCUUGCAAGGAAUAGUUCUCUUGCUUGUAGAGCGUCGUGAGUUUCAUGGUUACGUCAGAAAUGAAGACGAAGGAUGCUGCAGAAACGAACACAAAGGAUGCUGCAAAAUUUGCUGCAAAAUUUUUUGCAAAAUUCGUUGCAAAAUUUGCUGCAAAAUUCCUUGCAAAAUUCUUCCCGGUUUGCUCCUUUUCCUCUUUGCUAUAAACGCUCUCAGGUGGGGUGCGGACUCUUUCUACGAGAUGAAGUCCGAGAAUGAUGUAGGAUUCUUUCAGACUCAGUCCACCAUCUAUGGCAAAAGCACUUGGCAGCUAAUCAGACACACGUUUUAUCCGUUGGCAGUAUUUUUUAGAUUUCAUAGCGCUGUUGUGUUUUUAAAAGCAUUUUAUCAUACUUGGCUGGAUCGACUGCAUAGAUAG